AAGAACCAUUGAAAUCAGAACCAGGCGAAACCAGAUCGAUCGAAAUUAUUGUCGGGAUAAUAGUUCCAGCAAUCGUUGUGCUCGCCUUAGCUGUUGCAGUUUGUUACAUAAGAAAGCGACGAUCCAAAAGGCCAACAAUUCAAGAAGGUGGUUUGGCAAAGGACGGUGUGCCUCUUUCAAAUUUACAUGGCCAGAUCGAGAAUCCAUCGUAUGAUCAUGAGUAUGAGAGUUUGAACAACGUAAGAGCCUCUGCUGCUAUGGAGGAGCCCAGCAUAGUUAGUAGAGGAAGUUCAGAUGAAGCUGUAAAAUUGAGAAAAUUUCCUCGUAAAGUUGUAAUCGAUCAAGAAUAUCCUCAAGUUUCUGUUCAGGACUUUGUUCGACGUGCAACAGAGUCACAAAAGCGUAACUAUCAAGGGAUUAUCAUGGAGUAUGAGAAUCUUGACAAGAAACAGCAGUUUCCUUGGGAUAUUGCUACAGAUCCAGCCAACCAACAGAAGAAUGUGCAUGCCGAUAUAUUCCCAUAUGACCAUUCAAGAGUACACCUGAAUACUCUACCUGAAGAUCAAAAUUCCGACUAUUUUAAUGCAAGCCAUAUUUCUGAUUACUCGGGAAAUCACAAAUACAUUGCUGCUCAAGGUCCAUCUGAAGCUUUGAUUUACGACUUCUGGAGAAUGAUAUGGGACAAGCAUGUGCCAGCCAUAAUCAUUUUGACAAAACUUUUCGAGAGGGGGAAAAUUAUGUGCACACAGUAUUGGCCUAAUUCUAAUUCUAGAAGUUAUGGAAAGAUAAAAGUGUGCCUAAAGUCAAUUGACGAUAAAAACAGCUACACAAUAAGAUGUUUUUCCAUUCAAAGGGAAGGUUGCACAGAAGUGAAAAAGGUUUAUCAGUACCAUUUGAAGACCUGGCCUGAAUGCGGAGUACCUAAUCGCACGUAUGAUCUGCUAAACAUGUGGGCCACUUUUCGCAGGAGAUUCCCCUGCAGCAUUAAUGAUCCAGUUGUAGUACAUUGCAGCGCUGGAAUUGGCCAAACUGGCACAUUCAUUCUAAUUGAUGCAAUGAUAGAGCUUGCACAGACCCAGAAAAAAGUUGACGUUUUCAAUUAUCUCAAUUUUAUUCGAAGUCAAAGGAUUGGUCUUGUUCAAGUAAAGGAACAAUACAUUUUUGCAUAUAAUGCGCUGCUUGAAGUCAUAGGCUGCAAAGAAACUGCGAUUAAACCCCAGGAAUUGAAACGUCGAAUGAACAUAAUGCAGCCCAAAGGUGUAACUGGCAAAACUUCAUUCGAGGAAGAGUUUGAGCGACUUUCCUGGACAACUAAAUUCUUUAAUGAUGCAAAUGCUAGAGCUGGAGGUGAAGGAAACAACAUAACAAAAAACAGAAUUACAGAAAUAAUACCAAAUGAUGUGCAUCGUGUGGUUUUGAAGCAGGCAAUUUAUGAAAACAACAGUGGUUCUGACUACAUAAAUGCCACUUACGUAAAUGGCUAUAGUAAACUCAACGCCUUCAUCGCGACACAGCACCCACUGCCAGAGACUAUUGACGAUUUCUGGCUAAUGAUUCAGCAGACAGAAGUGUCUAUGGCGGUCCUUCUUAGCAACACUAUUCAUGGAAGCAUGGACCUUCCCAUCUUUUGGCCUCCACUGCACACAGCUCGGGAAUAUGGCGGUGUUUUAGUAAACCACCAAUCAGAGGAGAGCAACGGUGGCAGCAUUGAACGGAUGUUUACUGUCAGGAAUGUUGACUCAGCAGAGAAAUGGAGAAAUCUGACAAUGCUCCAGUUUGAGGGUUGGACUGAUCAUGGCGUUCCAAAAGACUUGGACAAAUUUAUAUCGCUGCUAAACAAAGUUGAAACACAUAAACAAAAUCAGUCUGAUGACAGACCAGUUGUAAUCAUCUGCAGAGAUGGUGCUGGUCGCUCUGGCACAUUUAUCGCUAUUUCACUCAUUCUGGAACGGUUCAAGGCAGAACAAGUUAUAGAUGUCUUUGAGGCAAUCAAACUGAUCAGAGGUUUUCGACCUGAGUUUGUGGAUAAUGCCGUAAGUAAUUUUUUUUACAUUUCUGGCUAUUAGAGGAAGACAAUCGCUUGUACAG